UCUGACGUCAUCGGUGCACAGGCACGACGGGCGGGGAAGGAAAAGGAAGCUCUGCCGAUGAGGACUGCCCGGAGCAAAAGUUAGCAAAGUUUGUGUGCGUGGAGGCCCAGAAGAGGAUCGGAAUGCAGGGGAGGAAGACCUGAAGACUCGGAGAUGUCGUCCAACCUGGACUCCAGCCUGACCAGCAUCGACUGGCUGCCCCAGCUGGGAGUCAGCAGCCUGCGCUCGGGGCGAGAGAGAGGAGGGGGAGAGAGAGACAGGAGGCGGGACGUCCCGCACGCGACCUCCGCCAACCCCAGAGGCAAGCCCCCCCACAGCUACGCCACCCUCAUCGCCAUGGCGAUCAGCGCCGCCCCUGACCGGCAGCUGAGCCUGAACGACAUCUACACCUGGAUCAGUGACACCUUCCCCUACUACAGCCGCACCUGUCGAGGGUGGAAGAACUCCAUUCGACACAAUCUGUCGCUUAACAAAUGCUUCCGGAAGGUUCCUCGUCCCCACAACGACCCCGGCAAGGGCUCCUAUUGGACAAUGGACGGACCCGCUGCGGCCAAUCACGCCAGGGCACCGAAGCGUUCUUACCCAGAGGAGGAAGCGGACAGGAUUCAUGUUUUGCAAGCUCCAACAAGAGGCCCAUCUCCUGGCCCACCUUGCCACAAAGAAGGCAAUGUACCCAAAGAAGCCUCCUUAGCUCCUCCUCCUUACAAGCAACCGUACACGCCAUCUCCUGCCCCCCCUCUCUCCGCUGCCAACGCCUGUUCAACAUUUCCCGGCCAAUCGGGACCGGCACGUCCCCCGACUUCCUCCUCCAGCGCCUCGCCGCUCACCUUUUCCACCGCGGCUCCGCCCCUACCCGCCCCUUUGACCGGCCCCCCCGGGCCCUCGACUGACGCCCCGUUGAGAUUCACCUUCGACGAGAUGCCCGACCUGUACGCCUCGUUUAAGUCUCUCUUCAGGAGUAUCAGGGGGAGGAGGGGCUCACAAGGGGAUGUGGCGCCUCAGAUGGUGUCCACUACCGACAACACUCCACUUCACACCCCGGUCCUCCUCCUCGCGUCUCCUCACCACACACCUGCACCACCACUCCCUGCAGCAGCAGCACCACCACCUGCAGCAGCGCCCCCUGGUGACACGCGCGUCAAACAAUACACGGUGCCGCCUGAUUGGCUGAGCAACACGGAGUCUCUGAAGGAGAGUUUCCGCAUGGCCAGCGGUCUGGACUGGGCCAACAUGGACCUGUCAGCUCACCCAGACCUGCUGGAGAGCAUGCGGCAGGCCGAGCUCUGUGAUUGGGCGCUGGACCCGGCGCUCUUCACCUCCCUCUGCGACUCCCUCAACCGCUUCUUCACCCAGAAGGGGCUGGUCACUUCCCCGCUGGCCAAUCACGCACCUGCACCUGCGCCCUCGUCCUUCCACUUCCCCCCCGCCGCCGCCUGGGCGCCCUCACCCCGCCGACCUCUGCACAACCUUCAACGACCUUCAUACACGCAGCCCGCGCACAUGGCCGCUGGGAUGCAGCCUCAACCCACCACACCACGACAGCAUCCUCCUCUCAAGAGUCUCCAUAGCAACAGCGAAGAGUUCCAGGAUGACUUUGACUGGGAUUCUCUCCUGGGCUGACCCACACCUUCUGCACCAUCAACAGCAGGGGCGCCUGACCUUCUUCCACUGAGGGCCACAGACUGACAAAUCAAAGCAUGCAGGGGCCAUUUGGGUAGUUUUCCUCAAAGUCAGUACCAUAUAUGUUCAAAGAACUAGAAAAUGCAAUUUCUGUGUGAAUGCUGAAGAGCCAAAGCCGAGCUGAAAUGCUAACAGUUAGCACACUGGCCACAGAGCGUCAGGUAAUACAAACUAUGAGCUACAGAAGCUAACAUGCUUACAUUUAGCAUUAGUGAAAUACCAAAAUAUGACACUCAGGUGAGUUUGCUAAAAAUGCAAGCAAAAUAAAAUGCUAACUGUAACAUGCGUUAAAUACCAAAAUAAAUCACUCUGAGGAGUGUACCUGAAAAAAUGGUUUAAAAUGCUAACAAUAACAUGUAAUAAAUAAUAUGACCGAGGUGUACACCUAAAAAAAAUAGAAAAGCUAGCACACUGGUUAGCAUGCUUCAAUGCUAAUUGUAACAUGCGUUAAGUACCAACGUAUUACUCCGAGGUGUUAAAAAUGCUGGCAUGCUAACAAUAGCAUGCAUAAAGUACCAAUAUAUGACUGAGGUGUAUACCAACAAAAUUAGCUUAAAAAAAUUAGCAUACCAAAGUUAACAUGCCAACAUGUAUCAUUUGUCAAGUGACACAAUAUUUGACGCUGAUGUGUAUACCUGCAAAAUUAGCUAGCGAAAAAAGCUAGCAUGCUAACAGGUAUCAUACGUCAACAAAACAUUUGACCCUGCGGCGUUUACCUGUAAAAUUAGCGAGAAAAGCUGGCAUAUUAACAUUAGCAUGCUACAAAGUAAUAAUUUUUGACGCUGUGGUGUACACACGCAAAAUUAGCUAAAAACCUAGCCACUAAUAGUAAAAUACCAACAAUUGUGCAAACAUUUUUUGCCACGGGCCGCACUUUGGACCCCCCUGAUCAAGUCUUCUAAACACCACCGCUCUCUCGUGUUGUGCAGAUCAUUGCCCAGUGUGUCGGACUUUACAAAGCGACGUCGUCAAGGAAAAUAAAAUAUACAUUUAUUCUUGUCACAUUAUUGUACUCUGCAGCAUUAAAAAUUGCAAAAUGGGAUAAGGACAAUAAAAAGUACAGCACAAGCAUGAAA